AUUUUUUAAAGAGUUAAUAUUACGAACUGUUGAGAUAAUUUAAAUUUUUUGUUCUCUUUAGGUAUUGCUAAAAAAUUGAAUGAUGGCUGGAGUCCCUACUAGUAUAUGCUUGUACAUAUACUUGAGUUUUGCGCUUGUUUAUUUGGCUCCCAAUGUGAAUGGAGAAGCUUAUUGUUAUGGUUGCUACAAUUUGAAAACUUGCAGAGUCGACUCAAGUUUUAUCAAAUACGUCGACAGUCGCGAUGAUGGCAAAAUAGUCAAGAAAGCAGACGGCGAUCUUGACAACACGAACAUAGAUGCAUGCCUGAAACUCGGCUACAAAAUAUCUGAUCCUAUAGCGAAAACUAUAUGCUCUGGUAGCAAUGAUGGGCUGUGCCAUGCAAUCGCCGAGAGAACAACAAAUCUAGAGGAAAUAAUUUUCCAUUGCGGAAUUUGCCAUAAAUACUGCGGGUGUAAAAGCACGAACAAAGAAAAUGCUAUAAAAGAGGACGCUUUAAUUGUAACAAUAUGCCUGGCAACUUUCUAUAUUCUUAUAUAA